AUCAAACAACCAUGAACCUGACCAUGACUUUAAGCUUCUUCAACCAAUUCUCAAUCCCACAUAUCCUUGGCCUACCACUAAUUAUCCUAGCACUCCUACUACCCCCAAUAAUAAUCUUUAAAACAAACCGCCUACUACACAGUCGACUAACAACCCUACAAUCCUGGUCAUCAAUAACCUUUACAAAACAACUAUUCACCCCACUAAAUGCACGAGCCCAAAAAUGAGCAAACACACUACUAGCAUUAAUACUAAUGUUAACCAUAUUAAACACAUUAGGACUAUUACCAUACACAUUCACCCCAACAACACAACUAUCAAUAAACUUAGGACUUGCAGUACCAAUAUGACUUAUAACAGUAUUACUUGGCCUACGAAACCAACCAACCAAUUCUCUAGGCCACCUUCUACCAGAGGGUACCCCAACACCACUAAUUCCAAUCUUAAUUAUUAUCGAAACAAUCAGCCUAUUUAUCCGCCCAAUCGCCCUUGAAGUACGACUAACCACUAACCUAACAGCUGGUCACUUACUUAUUCAACUAAUAUCAACAGCCAUCUUUGUAAUACUACCAACAAUAACACUCUCCGCAACCAUCACUAUACUAGUCCUACUCCUACUAACAUGUCUUGAAAUUGCUGUAGCAAUUAUUCAAGCGUACGUUUUCGUACUACUCCUAACCCUAUACCUACAAGAAAACACCUAA